AUGGCGACAACACAGUGGGUGGACCACAGCAUUCGCUGUGGCAAAAAGAGAUCCCAUUAUCGAACUCUUCACACACGCUUAGAGACUUUUUGUUCUGCAACCUGGAGCAGGAUGUGGGUGAUCUCCACGGAUGACGUCUUGGAACUGCAUGCCAUGAGGCCUCACCAAGAGUUGGUGGCGGAGCGCCUGGUGCAGAUUUACCAGCCCGAGCUGGACCCAGUGACCUUUGUUUCUCACGAGUGGUCUGGCUUGCAACAUCCAGAUCCCCAGAAGAAGCAACUGUAUGCCUUGCAGAAGGCCUUGCGUGGCUUCCGGGAUCACUCCUUAAAGCUCAUCUAUGACCCGGUGGCACUGAUGCGGCGAUAUCAGAAGAAUGUGGGCUAUUCUGAUCUCCAGGAGAUGGCCAAAGGUUGGCUUUGGAUCGACUUUAUGUGCAUUCCACAAGAAUGUGCCUGCUGGAGUGAUGAGGCCAAGCAGGAGCAGGAGCAGUUCUUGCGGGACGCCAUCCGAAGCCUCCACACCUACGUGGCGCAUAGUUCCUUUUUCCUGAUUCUGGCACCUGCUCAGCACCAUGAAAAGGGCCGGUUGAUGGACUAUACCAGCUGGAAGUCUCGAGGUUGGUGUCAGUUCGAGCUGACUGUCAACGUGUUGAUGGGCGGCAGGGCGCCGGUGAUCAUGGUCCAAGGCCUGGGAUCAGUGAAGAAGGUUUCUCCACGGAUUUUUCUGCACUUUGCGCCUUGCUUGGCGGAAUUUACCAAGGAAGAGGACAAGCUCUUCAUUUCAGACGCUUUGGACCAAGUGAUUAAUGCACAGGUGGCGCAUUUACGGACCUUCGGAGAGGUCCAUCGCCUGCAGAUGCUGGAGUGUUUGAGGGCCUUGCUCACCCGGCGGACAGGGGACUUGACCCUCUUCAAGCGCUUGAGCCGCACGGGCAGCUUGGCCUACAUGGCGAGCCGCGCCAAAUGUGUGACCUAUAAAGGCUGGACUCAGCUCCACUACGCGGCGGCCCGAAGCGACAAGGAGGCGGUCACGCGCAUGCUGGGCAUUUGCGAAUGCGUCGAGGCCCAGACCAGGCAAUCCGACAGGGACCUCUUCCUGGGCACCAGCCUGACUCCUUUGCACAUGUGGGCGGCCUUCUCCUUCAAUGCUGACAUCGCAAAGCUGCUCCUCCAAGCACAUGCGCUGGUGGACCGCCGAGCCAGCGAAGGCUUGACCCCUUUGAUGAUCGCCUGUCGCACGGGGAACACCAACGCCUGCCGGACACUCUUGGAGAUGAUCGCUGACCCCAAUGCGGAAGACUGCAUGGGCUGCCGGCCCUUGACCUUUGCUCUCGCCAAUGAUGCAGAGCAUUUGGUGGAGCCACUGUUGAACGCCCGUGCAGAUGUGACGCACCAAUGGGCUGGUUUGAGCGCCUUGCACUUCUUGGGCCUCACCAGCUCAGCGAACUCCUUGGAGCGCUUGCUGGGCGAAGGCUUGGAGAUCAACACUGUGUGCCACUUCAAUCGCUGGUCCAAGGCUGGACCUUACAUUGUCUUUGGGCAACUCCGGAGUUCCACGCUGCGGCGCUUGUUCUCGUUGGGCCAAGGCUCCACACCGGUGCUGGCGGCUGCAGCCUUGGGCAAUGCCAAGGUGGUGGAGACGUUGUCACGCGCGGGCGCUGACAUGACUGCACGGAAUGCGGCAGGGCUCGACAUCCAUCAGCGACUCGGGCAGCGGGAAUAA